GCACGCCUCGGCUGGAGACAGUAGUCGCGCAGCAGUCAGUCACUAAAGCUGUUUAUUCAACUUUGUCUAUCACGACUCCAAAAUGGGAAAAGUAGUCUUCAUCUCAGUUGUAAUUGCUGCCUUAUCGGCGCUUCUUGGAGAGAGGAUUGUUACUUUCAGGAAAAGGUGCCUCGCCUCAAGAGAGCUGGAGCAGAAUCACCUCCCCAACUGUGUUGAGCUCAAAAAUCUGAAUCAGGGCUCUGAAGAUAUAACGAUCCUUGGAAACGGGCUUGCCUUUAUCAGCACUGGUCUGAGGUAUCCUGGAAUGCCAGUCUCAGAUGCGAAAGGAAGGAUCUUCACCCUUGAUAUGACAGAUCCUCGGAUGAAACCAGUGGAGUUGCGGAUGCCAAGAAACUUUGAUCUGGAAACUUUCAACCCUCAUGGCAUCAGUGUAUACACCGAUCCAAGUGAUGACACAAUAUACCUGUUUGUUGUCAAUCAUCCUGAACACAAAAGCCAAAUAGAGCUGUUCAAAUUUGUUGAGGAUGACAACUCCCUGGAACAUCUGAAAACCAUAAAACACGAACUUCUCCACAGUGUAAAUGACGUUCUUGCAACAGGAGUGGACAGCUUCUAUGCAACUAAUGAUCACUACGUUACCCAUGAACACCUAAAAAGUUUGGAGAUGCUUCUGGGCCAGGCUUGGACUAAUGUAGUGUACUACAGUCCUGAGGAAGUAAAAGUUGUCUCUGAGGGAUAUUACUUCGCAAAUGGCAUUAAUAUCUCACCAGACAAAAGGCAUAUAUAUAUGGCAGAUUUGUUUGACCACAAAGUACAUGUGUUGGAGCGCAAAGAAGACAAUACGCUGGUCUCUGUGAAGUCUGUGUCUGUGGGUUCACUCUGUGACAACAUUGAAGUGGAACCAGAAACUGGAGACCUGUGGAUGGGCUGUCAUCCUAAUGCAUGGAAACUUCUCAGGUUUGACCCUGAGACCCCUGCUGGAUCUGAGGUCAUCAAAAUCCAGAACAUUCAUUCUGAUCAGCCAGUGGUGACUCAGGUUUACGCUGACGACGGCAAAGUGCUCAUCGGUUCCUCUGUAGCAGCUCCCUAUGAGGGAAAGUUGCUCAUUGGCACUGUGUUCCAUAAAGCUCUGUGCUGUGAUUUGCAGUAAGCAAUGACCUGUUAACACAUGACUUACCUCUAAGCAAAAGUUCUCACUCAGAAACAGCAAUGAUGAUUUGAAUGAAGAUAAGCAUGAAUACUAUAGCAGCACUGGUUGUAGAGGAAAAGGCUUGACACUGUUUUACUAGACAGGAUCUGAUAAUAAACCAAGAAAUGAGUGCCUGAAGCUCCACUAGGAGGGGCUGGAGAAAGAUAGAUGGACUUUGUUUACCUGAUUUUAUAGCAAUGAGCCCUGGGUAUAAAGGCAUAUAUGAAAGUGGUCUCAGACACCGAAGUUACUAAACUGCCAAGAUACUUUAACCACUGUGAAAUAAAUAUGUGGAUACAGUAUAUUCAAUCAAAUGUAUGUAUGAACGUAUGUAUAUAUGUUUGAUUAAAUAUACUGUAUCCACAUAUUUAUUGAUAUAAAUUGAGACAGAAUAAUUUUAUGUUACAUUUUUACUUUGUUUAAUUGCUUGUUCCAUUGCUUCCAUGCAUUUGAGUGUAAAAAAAAAGCAAUAAAGGAGAGAUGUGCUGGUUAUCAUGAAA